AUGUCUCACCGGAAUUGGACGGCGGAGAAGGCGGCGCAACGAUGGGAAAAGUUCAAUUUGAACCAGUCGAUACUGCCGACGAUUCUCGAGUUUUCCGGAGGGGAAACUGGGUGGUUCAGGUUUGGGGCUUCGAGAGCAGUUGAUUGGGACCGGUCUCACAUCCUACCGUGGCAGGUGCAGUGA